UGGUGGAUUUGGAGGAUGUUCAGUCACCAGUGAAGGAGAGUUUGAGUGCUGUCUCGCCACACGGUGUUCUGGUAUGUACACGGAAUAACUGCAUUCCCGAGUUUCAGUAGAAAGUGGUUGAACCGGUUGCCAAGUAGCUAGAAGUGACGCACAAUUGUACAAAUGGGGGAACGUGAAAAUCAGACGCAGCGAGGAGCACACAGUUUAGAAAUAUACCACACGCUGGCCAAGAGCAGGAACCUCAGACAUAUUGUGCUCUAGUGGACAAUGAGAGGAAGUCUCUAGUAGAGCUUAUAUUUACACAGAGCUUGACUAUUAAGUGCAAACUUUCACAAUGGACUCAGUGGAUCAUAAUCAGUCCCACAUGAGUGGUGUGGAGAAGGUGUCCAGCGGCUGGCAGAAACCCAGUCAUUCUAGGAGCAGCAGCACGGCAUCUUCACGCCACUCACGUCUGAACGUUAAAGACUGGGAGGUAAUGGACGAUUGUCCAGCAGACUUGACCAUAACUGCUGAAAACAUUCAGGAUGCAAAUACUCCAGGAAUCUGUGAGGGCUACUUGAUGAAAAGGAGAAAGUGGCCUCUUAAAGGCUGGCAUAAGAGAUACUUUGUAUUGGAUAAAGGGAUUCUACGAUAUACAAAAAAUCAACAUGAUUUUUCUAGAGGGAAAAUGCAUGGUUCACUGGAUGUCAGCCUUGCAGUUAUGUCCGUAAACAAAAAAGCGAGACGCAUAGAUCUGGAUGCUGGAGACAAUCUGUAUCAUUUGAAAGCCAAGAGUCAGGAUUUAUAUUUCAUAUGGGUCACCAAACUGAGCGCCCACAGGAUGUAUAAAAAGAACGAGGCUGCGCACGUUCACAAUGGCUAUCUCCAGGUCCUGUCCCAUACCAGUAAUUUAUCUCACAAAACCAGUCCCAUGCAGGACAUGGGCACAUCUGGGUCUUCUAUGGGUGAAAAUCUUCAAUAUGUAAGUCCUGCUGUUAAUGGGAAGGUGUCAGCUUGGCUUCAGACCCAAGAACCAGAUUUUUGUGGACAAGAGCUGACACGUUGUCAGAUGGAGCUGAAUGAGCUGCAACGGCUGGUUCAAAAGUUGAACUCUCUAGAGUCGGGGCAAACUGUCUAUAACGGAGACCUCCAGAGAAUGAUCAGCAUGCAGAAUCUUUCUCUUGACAAACCCAAAAAGAAAUCCGCCAAGAUUUUUGGUCACUCACGCACACUCUCCCGAGUUGAGGGUCUUGGAAUGGGAUUGCCCUCUCAUUGGGAUUAUUCCAUGUUUUCCACAAAGCCUUUUCGUGGGAUUACUAAAUCGUUAUCAUCAAGCCAGCUGAACAGUUCAUCCCUUUUGGGAACCUCUGUUCCCUCCAUUCCCGAUUAUGUCAGCACUCCGGCAAACUCGCCAGCCUCCACCUCACCAGAGAGCAAGAAACUCCACCAGGACAUCUGCUCGAUGUCACUGAAAGUUCAUGCCUCUCUGCGAACUGCACAUGAGGCUCUCGCUCAGGAGCGCCAGCGACUGCGGGACACCUGGUCCGGCAGAGACCUUCACCAGAACACCUCUGCCCAGCUCAACAACCUCUGCAGUCUAGCUGAGUUAGAUGUUAAUUCCCGUCAUACCAAAAUCCACAAACUCUCCAUAUCUUCCAACUCCUCGGACGACUCCUUCCGCACUGUGGAACAAAGGAAGUCUGUCUCCAGCCGCUGUUCUUCUUUCCGUGCACCAUCGAUUGCUGAUUCGGUGGCGGAGUAUUUUGACGCGUGUGAUGAGCUGAAGUGUGCUAGCUCCUCUGAAAUGUCUGAUGAGUCUGGUCUGAGUGAUGGAUCCAGUAAUUCAGAGCCCUAUGAGGCUCAUGCAAUGGCAUCUCGCAAAUAUCGAGCCAGCCUUUCGAAAGCAGCAGCAAAACCGAACACCAUCAAGAGCACUGGACGGCGCACGACUCUGCCUGCGGUUUGUCCUGACAACAGCCAUGUGGGUCUGAUGACGAUUCUUUACAACAACAUCGGGAAGGAUCUGUCCCGGGUCUCCAUGCCAGCAGCUCUGAAUGAGCCUGUGUGUUUGCUGCAGAGACUCUGUGAGGAGCUGGAAUAUUCAGACCUGCUGGACACUGCCAAUCACACUGAUGACCCCUUCCAGAGGAUGGUUUAUAUUGCUGCUUUUGCUAUAUCUGGCUAUGCCACGGCUCAGUUCCGCAACCGUUACAAACCAUUUAACCCAGUGCUGGGAGAGACUUUUGAGUGUAUCAGAGAAGACAGAGGAUUCUGGUAUAUUAGCGAACAGGUUUCCCAUCACCCACCUAUAUCUGCAUGCCAUGCAGACUCUGACAAUUUCAGCUUCUGGCAGGACCAGAGAUGGAAGAACAAAUUUUGGGGCAAAUCUUUGGAGAUCAUGCCAACCGGGAUGGUGAACGUGACUCUAAAAAAAUAUGGGGAUCACUAUGAGUGGAACAAAGUGGUGACGUGCAUUCACAAUGUCCUGAGUCAGCAGCGAUACCUCGAGCAUUAUGGGGAAGUCAUUAUUCAAAACCUAAACAGCUCCGUCUGCACCUGUAAGAUCACAUUUGUCAAGUCACGUUAUUGGGGUGCAGAUGCAGCCAGAAAUCAAGUGCAGGGUCAAGUUCUUGACCAGACUGGGAAUGUUAUUCAUCGGUUUGGUGGCUUUUGGCAUGAAGGAAUCUUCUGUGAGACACUACCCGUUCCACAGUGCAUCUGGAAGCCAAAUCCACAGCCAAAGAACUACUUGCUCUACUAUGGCUUCUCAAGCUUUGCAAUGGAAAUGAAUGAGCUGGUGCCUGAACUCAAGCCCCUGCUGCCCCCUACAGACACACGCCUGCGCCCUGACCAAAGGUUACUCGAAGAGGGGAAAGUAGAGGAGACUGAUAAAAAGAAGGAUGAGGUGGAGGAAAAGCAAAGAGAAAGGAGGAAAAUAAUGGCUAAGAGAGGAGAGGAGCACAUCCCUCGCUUCUUCAGGAAAUCUUUGGAUGCUGCUGGAAGGGAAGUUUGGCUGACUAAUGGGACAUACUGGAAGAUUAGAGAGAAUCCUGGAUUUGCCAAUGUUAAUAAUCUGGAGUUAUGGUGAAGGUUGAUCACAGCAACAUUGUGGACACUAGAUCCCUGUGAUAAGUCAAGUUUGCACAUAAAGACUAUACAAACAUUGGGAACUUUGGAAGCAAAGAUGAAUUGCCAAGGGUUUUUUUUGUAUUGAACCAAAUCCAUUGUGCGAGGAUGAUGCUUUUAUCGAAAACGGCAACGGGGAGGGAUGCAUUUUGAACAUUUCUAUUUAUUUCGUGAUCGAGGAUACAGAAACUUGGUGAUGGUUUGACCAUGAUUUUCAAUUUGGAUAAAAUAGAAGGCAAAAGGUAAUGGAGGAUGUUGUGGAGAUAUUUUUGAACAUUUCUAUGGAUGAUCUUACAUUACAUUUACAGUUGAUUGAAGUACUUAUGCACCAAUGGAUACUGGAUAAUUCGGGUAUAUAUAAUAUUCAGAGUUCUCCUUAACUACUUUCUUCUUCCUGUUAACAUACCCGUUUAUAAAAGGACUGCUAUUUCUCGUGCAAUGCCGUGGCUCAACCUGAGCAGGAUUUAGCAGUAAAUGGAUUAACUCUAAUUUUGGGCCCUCAUCGACUUGUACUGAAGGAGGCUGCUGAAAUGUGUCCUCGGUCACUCUUAGAUUCUGCAUCCUCUCCUUAUUUUUUUUUAAAUGAAACAUAUUUUGAGUUUAGAUAAUAUUUAUUGGCGUUUAAGCUCAGUUUUUGUCCUAUAUGAAAUGUGAUAUCAUAAAUGACCAUUUUGUGUAGGUUUGCUUGAAAACAAUCAGUGUAAAUGUGUAAUUAAUAAACUUUCCAGUCAUGACUUGCAUGGCUGAUUAAAACAAAUAAAAUGUACAACAUUAAAGACUACAAAAAAAUGAAUGCA